ACGCAACAGCACACAUCGAGGACAGAAGACCACCCAGAGCAAAUCUGUAGUGAGGGUCCACCAGUCCAGGCCUAUAGGUUCGUCUCAACGUCUGUGCGGCUGACACAACCUGCACUUCGGCAUUUUCCACAGAACAGAGGGUCUCUUCGCCGUAUCGCAGAGACGGUGGCUUCGUGGAAGCAUGGCAGAGGCGGAAUUACAAACCUUUACCUCUAUCAUGGACGCGCUGGUUCGCAUUAGUUCUAACAUGAAGAGUAUGGAACAGGAGCUGCAUUGCCCAGUGUGUGAUGAGAUGGUGAAGCAGCCCAUCCUUCUGCCCUGCCAGCACAGUGUGUGUCUGCUGUGUGCAGCUGAGGUGUUGGUACAAAGAGGUUACCCUCCUCCAGAACUCCCCCCGGAGCCCAACUCACCGGCCUCCACACCCAACACUCGCUCCCCACGACAGGCACGCAGACCCACACCAAGGACCCCCGACAGCCUGGAAAGGGUCCUCAGAACAGUGUGUGGGACGUACCCAGGGCGAAGGCGGAAGGACGCGGCCCCUCCCCCCAUGUUGUUCCCAUGUCCGUCCUGUCAGCAGGACGUGGAGCUUGGCGAAAAAGGCCUGGCAGACUGUCUCCGCAACCUCACUCUGGAGCGUAUUGUGGAGAGGUACCGGCACACAGUAAGUCUGGGCAGCCUAGCCAUCAUGUGUGGUUUCUGUAAGCCUCCUCAGUCUCUUGAGGCCACUAAGGGCUGCGCUGACUGCAAAUCCAACUUCUGCAAUGAGUGUUUCAAACUCUACCACCCCUGGGGAACGCCCCGAGCUCAGCACGAACACAUUCUACCCACCAACAACUUUAGGCCAAAGGUCCUAAUGUGCACAGAUCAUGAGCAGGAGAGACUGCAGUGGUACUGCCGUAACUGCCAGAGGUUGCUGUGCCCAGUUUGUAAGCUUCGACGUGUCCACCACGGACACAAAGUGUUACCUAUAGCACAGGCCUACCAGGCCCUCAAGGACAAGGUCACCAAAGAAGUCAACUUCAUCCUGGCCAACCAAGAGACAAUACAGAGCCAGAUCACUCAACUGGAAGCUGCCAUCAAACAGAUGGAGGCCAACAGCGCAGUAGCUCUGCAGCAGCUGACCCACUGUAUCCAGGAGCUGGGAGCAGCUGUAGCCGAGCGUCAGGGGGUUUUGGCUCUGGCCCUGGAGGGAUCUCACAGCUUGAGGGAGGAGGCCCUGUCUGCUCAGGUCUCAGAGAGGUGUGGUCUGCUGGAACACGGGGGCCUGAUGGCCUACACACAGGAGCUGCUCAAGGAGACCGAUGCGCCCUGCUUCGUACAGGCUGCCAGAAUCACUCACAACAGGCUGAUGAAGGCCAUAGAAAACCUCCAGUGUUUCUCUCUUGCUGCUGAUCCGUCCUUCAGACAUUUUCACCUGGAUGCAUCCAAAGAGGUCAAACUCAUCAACAGCUUGGAGUUCAUACGUGCCCCACUGGCUCCAGUCAUUGACACUCAGAAGACAUUAGCUUAUGACCAGCUGUUUUUGUGCUGGCGCCUGCCCCAGGACUCUGCCCCGGCUUGGCACUUCUCUGUUGAAUUCCAGCGACGAGCAGGAGGAGCUGGAGCCACAUGGGGCGGCACCAGAUCCCCUAAUGCUUCAACAGCAUGGCAACGCCUUGAUGAAGUGAGAGGGACCAGUGCUGUGAUUGACCGACUGCAGAUGGACAGUGUUUAUGUGCUCAGGGUGAGAGGAUGCAAUAAGGCCGGGUUUGGAGAGUACAGUGAAGAGGUGUACCUCCACACUCCACCAGCACCUGUGUUGAGUUUCUCCUUGGACUCUCGCUGGUGUUUGCAUGCUGACAGGCUGGCACUGGGUAAAGGCCAAACCUACGCCCGCAGUGUGCCAGGUCUCUCCCUCCUGCAGGCUGCUGACCGCACGCUCACUUCUUGCCACUUGACUUGUGACCUGCUAGUGGCUGACUUGGCUGUCACUCAAGGCAGACACUACUGGGCAUGCUCUGUGGAGCCUGGUUCGUACCUGGUAAAGGUGGGAGUAGGGCAGGAGACUAAGCUGCAAGAGUGGUUCCAUCUCCCUCAGGACAUGGCCAGCCCUCGCUGUGACCCAGAUAGUGGCCAUGACAGUGGGGCAGAGGACGGCCAGGACUCCCCUCCCUUCUGCUUCCUCACCAUGGGCAUGGGAAAGAUCCUGCUUCCUCAAGGACAUGUUCACAGUCAGAGCCAGGGGGACAGCCAGAGCCAUGGAGGAGUGCACUCCCAAAGUAGCGGCCACAGUAAUCUGCCUCACCGUCAUACUGCUCCUCUGCCACCCCGACUAGGAGUGUGUCUGGACUGUGAUAAAGGACGAGUCACCUUCUAUGAUGCCCACUCGUUGCGGAUCCUGUGGGAGGGACAUGUGGAUUGCUCAGCUCCAGUGUGUCCGGCCUUCUGCUUCAUUGGCGGAGGAGCCCUGCAGCUGCAGGAUCUUGUGGCCAAUCGGAGCAUUGACGAGCCGCUGCCA